CGCCGAUCUUUGCGAUGAUGCUGCGGCACGAGCGGCGGCGAACGCACAUGCUGGUGCUAGUUCUGUCGAGCCUGAUGGUGUUUGGAAGCACCUACUGCUACGACAACCCCAGCGCACUCAAGUCCCAGCUGCAGCAACGAUUCCAUCGCCUUCCCAAGGCGCAAUACGAGUUCCUCUUUAGCUUGUCGUACUCAUUGUACUCGACCCCCAACAUGGUCUUGCCUUUCUGUGGAGGCUUACUCGUGGAUAAAUUCGGCGUGAGUUCCGUGGCGCUCGUUCUGUCGCUCUUGCUGCUUGCUGGGCAGGUCGUUGUCGCCAUCGGAUGCGCCUGGGAGAACUUUUACCUCAUUCUGGCCGGUCGCAUGCUCUUUGGACUCGGAGGAGAGACCAUGUGGGUCGCCCAAAGCACAUUCGUUACGUACUGGUUUGACUCGAGUGAAUUGGGUGCGCACCUACGUCUGGCAGCACCGCGGCCCUCUGAAACCCCCCUCUAGCGUUUGCCUUUGGCAUCAACACUUUGUUUGCAAGGCUGGGCACCGUCAUGAAUGACAAGUUGAGUCCGUUCAUUGCCAACACCUACAGUGUGACGCAUGCGUUGUGGGUGGGGGUCGUGUUCUGUGGGUUCUCGUUGGCCUGCACCUACGUCCUCGUCCGAGUGGACGCCAUGCACGCACCCAUCGCUGAAAAGGCGACAGUACCGUCGACGGCGCGCCAAACUUCGUUCCGGCGCUGGCUCGGCUUGUUUAGCCCGUCGUUUUGGCUCAUUGCACUAUCUUACGUUUCGUUUUACGCCGUGGUCGGUCCCUUUAACAACGUUGCGAGCUCUGUGCUGUUGGAGCGCGAUUACUUCCAGCAGCCCCCACCGCUCUGCCAGCGCUGCGGUCUUGGCUACUACACAACAUACUGUGACGCGAUUUCGCCCCACUGCCCCGCCGUGCCCCCGUUUGCGUGGCCUCUGCCGCUUCUGUCCAAGAACUGCUCGAUCGCGUCGGCCUUUGACCAGUUCCGGUGCUCCAAGUCCCCGCCCUACAUCCAGGACGAAGACAUCAACUGCGACGACCUGUCGUGGCGAGAAGGUCCGUUUACGCACAAGUACUGCGCCACCAAGAGUUUGGCGGAGGUCACUGCAACGGAAGCGAUGAGCGUGAUGCCGCUCAUCGUGGCCAUGGUGGCUCCGCUGAGCGGCACCAUUGUGGAUGCAGUCGGGUUGAGGCUAUUGCUCGCGUUGUUCGCCGACGUGCUGCUCUUGACGGCGCACAUGGCUCUCACAUUCACCAAAAUCAAUGCACAUGGCGUGCUCGCAGGCCUCGGCAUCGGCGCCUGUUUCUUUUCAUCGACGAUGUGGCCAUGCAUUCCAUAUGUUGUGGACCCGACCGUGGUCGGCACUGCCUUUGGCGCCAUCACGGCGUUCUCCAACUGCGGCCUCGCCGUCGUGCCGGUGCUCGUCGCCGCGGUUUUCAACGCGUACAACUCGUACAUUCCCCACGUCGAGGUCGUGUUCAUGGGGUGCGCAGCCGCCACGCUCGUCCUGGGGCUAUGUCUCAAUUGCGUCGACAUCGCGCGUGGCCACGUCUUGAAUCGAAAGGUUCUGCGCGCAUGGCAGAGUCCGCUGCGGCCAGCCACGUGCCGCCAACGCAUCGACCUGUCGGACCAACCCUUGCUAGCCGACGACGACGACGAUGGCACGUUUUAAAUGACCACAAACAAACACAUCGCCAUGACGGUGUAUUCCAUCGCCGCGCCAUGUGACGAUAUCGUGGUUUCAACUCAUGUCGUGGGGUCGUGGCGGCGAGAGCGGGGCGACGAACG